AUGGCAACGUGCCCUCAGAUAAUACAGCAGACUCUCCAGAGGACACUGCAGUAUUAUGAGCACCAAGUUAUUGGUUACAGAGAUGCAGAAAGGAAUUUCCACAAUAUCUCUCACAGAUGCUCCUAUGCAGACCAUUCCAACAAAGAGGAAGUUGAAGACGUCUCAGGAAUCCUCCAAUGCACUGCUAAUCUACUCGGUUUGAAGUUUGAGGAGAUUCAAGAAAGAUUUGGCGAGGAGUUCUUUAAUACAUGCUUUGAUGAGAACGAGAGGGUCCUUCGAGCUGUAGGUGGCACGCUGCAGGACUUUUUUAACGGCUUUGAUGCUCUGUUGGAACACAUUAGAACUUCCUUUGGGAAACAGGCCACGCUGGAGUCGCCGUCCUUCCUGUGCAAGGAGCUCCCAGAAGGUGCUCUCCUGCUUCACUACUUCCAUCCUCACCACGUCGUGGGCUUUGCAAUGCUGGGCAUGAUCAAGGCUGCGGGAAAGAAGAUCUACCGGCUAGACGUGGACGUGGAGCCGGUGGCCAAUGAGAAACUCUGCUCUGAUGGCUCCAACCCAGGCAACUGUAGCUGUCUUUCCUUCCUCAUCAAGGAGUGCGACAACACUAACGUGACAAAGAACCUUCCCCGGGGAGCCUCCCGGGUCCCCGCAGACCUCAGAAUCAGCAUCAGCACUUUCUGCAGGGCCUUCCCCUUCCACUUGAUGUUCGACGCCCACAUGUCCGUCCUGCAGCUGGGGGAGGGCCUGCGGAAGCAGCUGCGGUGCGACAGCCACAAAGUGCUGAAGUUUGAGGACUGCUUCGAGAUCGUGUCUCCGAAGGUCAGUGCCGCCUUCGAGAGGGUCCUUCUGCGACUGUCCACCCCGUUUGUGAUCAGGACCAAGCCCGAGGCUUCUGGCCCUGAAAAUAAAGACAAGGUGAUGGAAGUCAAAGGACAGAUGAUCCAUGUCCCAGAGUCAAAUUCCAUCUUAUUCUUGGGCUCUCCGUGUGUAGACAAGUUGGAUGAACUCAUGGGCCGGGGGCUGCAUCUCUCAGACAUCCCUAUCCAUGAUGCCACUCGAGAUGUCAUUCUGGUCGGUGAGCAGGCCAAGGCUCAAGAUGGCUUGAAGAAGAGGAUGGAUAAACUAAAGGCGACCUUGGAAAGAACUCACCAGGCCCUGGAAGAAGAGAAAAAGAAAACGGUGGAUCUUCUGUAUUCGAUUUUCCCCGGUGAUGUAGCCCAGCAGCUGUGGCAAGGACAGCAGGUGCAGGCCAGAAAGUUUGAUGAUGUCACCAUGCUCUUUUCCGACAUUGUUGGGUUCACAGCCAUCUGUGCCCAGUGUACCCCCAUGCAGGUGAUCAGCAUGCUGAACGAACUGUACACCAGAUUUGACCACCAGUGUGGAUUUUUGGACAUUUAUAAGGUGGAAACAAUAGGUGACGCGUACUGUGUUGCUGCGGGGCUGCAUCGGAAGAGCCUCUGCCACGCUAAGCCCAUUGCUCUGAUGGCGCUGAAGAUGAUGGAACUUUCAGAAGAGGUGCUGACCCCUGACGGAAGACCGAUUCAGAUGAGGAUAGGCAUUCACUCGGGCUCUGUGCUCGCUGGAGUUGUUGGGGUAAGAAUGCCGCGAUAUUGCCUCUUUGGAAACAACGUCACCCUGGCAAGCAAGUUCGAAUCCGGAAGUCACCCUCGGCGCAUCAACGUCAGCCCUACCACUUACCAAUUAUUAAAACGGGAAGAAAGUUUCACAUUCAUUCCUCGGUCCCGUGAAGAGCUUCCAGAUAACUUUCCAAAGGAAAUCCCUGGGAUCUGCUAUUUCCUGGAGGUAAGGACUGGUCCUAAGCAGCCAAAGCCUUCUCUUUCUUCAUCCAGAAUCAAGAAAGUUUCCUACAACAUCGGCACCAUGUUCCUCCGGGAGACAAGCCUCUGAGACCUUCAGCGGAUCAAAGACUUCUCCACAAAGCACAAGCCCAGAACAUGGGUCAUGAAGGGGAAAUGGAAAGAGAUUCUUUCUCUUCUACUGAUUUGCUGAGAACAGCAGCAGAAUUUCUGUGUUAUGUUAGGCAAUAAUCCUAGAAAAAGGUGGGUGAUGACUGUCAUUAAAAAAAAAAUUGGGAGGGAAUAAGAGGUGUCCAUCCAUAUGAGUGCUUUUGGUCAUAUAUAUAUUUUAAUCACAAAUACGGGCCCCCUUUCAAAACUAA